AUGGUUAUCGAAAAGAGAGUUUCAAAGGCAUUAGUAUUGGAUAACAAUACUGCUGAGGAUGUAGCCCGAGCUAUGAUAGAAAGUGGACUUCAAAAGAAUCCUUUUUAUAUAUUUGACAUGGACAAGGCUUACCAGCGCAUAGAAUAUUUUAAAAAAAUGAUGCCAAGGAUAAAAAUAUUUUAUGCGGUCAAAUCGAAUGAUAGCGACUUUAUGUUAAAACUAGCAGCUUCACUCGGCCUUGGCUUUGAUUGUGCUUCACCGGGUGAAAUACAUAAAGUGUUGAAACUCAAAGUGUCGCCACUAUUGUUACUACGGAUUAGAGUUCAUAGCGACAGCGUUUACGAUUUAGGAAAGAAGUUCGGUUGUGAUUUUGAAACAGAGGCCACUGAUUUACUAGAAGAAGCUGCAUUACUCAAUCUUAAAGUGGUUGGGGUAGCAUUCCACGUAGGAAGUGGUUGUUCAUCACCGGACAGCUAUGUCUUAGGACUUCAACAAGUUAAAAAAUUGUUCGAGCAUGAAGCUAAGGCGGGACGACAAAUGAAAAUUGUUGAUAUAGGAGGCGGAUUCUUGAGUGAUAGAACUAAUAGCAUUGACAAGGUAUCCAAACUAGUAAACGAUGCUAUAGAAGAACUAUUCCCGGAUCCAGAUAUCCAAGUGAUCUCUGAGCCCGGACGCUAUUUGUGCGAUAACUCAUUUACUUUAUAUUGCAAUAUUAACACAGUGCGAACGCUACAAGUUGGUGACUCUUCUAUUAAUAUGUUGUAUUUAAACGACGGAGUGUUUGGUUGUUUGAGAUACAAUGAACCAUGGCACACUGUCCAACGGUUUCAGGCACAGUUGGAAGGGGAAGAAUUAAAACCUACUGUAUUAUGGGGUCCAACUUGCCAUCCCAUUGAUCGCAUUCUUGACAACACUGUUAUAAUGUUACCACCUUGUACGAUUAACGAUUGGCUCGUGUUUCCGAGUAGAGGGGCUUAUAGCAUGACCAUGGCAUCUAGGUUUUCCACUUUACCAGAACCGCAUAUACGAAGUGUUAUAUCACAGGAAUUAUGGAACAUCAUAAAGGAUUCUAAAGUUUUCAGUCCUGAUGACUUUCUGGAACAAAACAUAGCCACGCCACUCCCAACCACUUUGCCGUCAAUAAUCGUUCACUCCAAAAUAUUGCAAACGAAUUACACUUUAUCGGUUUGA